AUGAGGGGCGGCAAGCUGUGCCGGCGAAGCUCGCCCCCGGCCCUGCGCCUGGGCCUGGCACCCCUGCUGGUUCUGCUCUGGGCCGGGCUGGGCGGCAGGGCGGACGAGGGGCCUUGGGGCUUCCAAGGCUGCAAGCAGCAGCUGAACGUGUCAGUGCUGGGGGCGCUGCCCGGGGCGGGCUGGGACAACCUGCGCAACGUGGAGCUGGGGCUGGUGCUCGGGCGCGCCUACUCGCAGUGUCUGACCACCGAGGACGGCGAGUACCUCAUCCCCGACGGCAUGCUGGCGGUGCCGCGGCGCGAGAGCCUGGUGCAGACCCGCGCCGACCUGAUGGACAGCUGGGUCAACUACACCGACACCUGGGCAGCCUCGGUCAAUGCCGAGUUCUCCUUCCUCUCCUUCCUCAACGGCAAGUUCUCCGUGGAAUGCCAGAACGUCCGGAGGUACAGCCUGCAGUACCAGACGAUCACCACCCGCGUGCAGCGGCGGCACAGCAUCUACUCCGUGAGGGUCCGGGGGAACCCCGACUUGCACCCCGACUUCCGGCAGCGCCUGCUGACCCUCAGCGACCACCUGGAGAACAACCAGACCCUCGAGGCGGAGUACUUGGCGGAGAUGCUCGUGUUCACAUACGGCACGCACGUCCUCACCGAGGUGGAGGUGGGGGCCACCCUGGUGCAGGAGGACCAGGUGAGUCGGGAGCUUGUGGGCCAUGAGGACAGGAACAGGCUCAACGUCACCUUCGCCGCCUCCGCCUUGUUCGCUCGGAAGAUCGGGGUGGGCGACGUGGUGUCCUGGGACAAGCAGAGACAGUGGGUGCAGGCGUACCAGCAGGGCACGGUGGCCUCCAAGAUACACAGCCGCGGGGGCCCGCCCUUCUACGAGGGCCUCACCCUGCAGAAGUGGCAGGAAGGCGUCGCCAACCGGCUGGUGGCCAUCGACCGCUCGGGCCUGCCGCUGCCCGCGCUGCUGCAGCCCGAGGCGCUGCCCGAGCUCCCGGCGCCCGCCGUGCGGCGCGUGGAGGCGGCCGUGAGCCGCGCCAUCGGCCGCUACUACGCAGUCAACAUGCACCCCGGAUGCGUGAAGCGCGGGGCCCCCAACUUCGACCCGCUGGCCAACGUGGACGACGGCUCGUGCACUGACGGCCAGCACGCCAACUUCAGCUUCGGGGGCGUCUUCCAGGAGUGCGAGGCGAUCACGGGCCCCGAGGGUGGCCGCCUGUGCGCGCCCUACACCAUCCUGAACCCGCUCACCGGCCGGACCUCCUGCCCCGCCAACUACACGGCCAGCCUGCUGGGCAGCGAGGUCAAGGUGUGGAGCGAGAGGAGCUACCAGUGCUGGCCGCGCUGCGAGAAGUGCUGGCUGAUCUUCACCUGCUGCCACCGGAUGUGCGGCUACUGGGAGGUGCAGCGCGUAGUGCGCGUCAACGCGUCCUGGUGCGCGCCCUCGGGGGCCGCCCCGACGGCCGCGGCCGGCCUGCUCUUCGGAGGCCUCUACAGCCCCGGCCGCCCCAACGCCCGCACCGGCGCCCAGGCCUGCCCCUCGUCCUUCUUCCCGCUGACCCUCCUGGGUGACCUCAAGGUGUGCGUCAGCAGUGACUGGGAGCUGGGCGCGGCCCACGCGGUCCCCUUCGGGGGUUUCUUCAGCUGCAGGUGGGCAACCCCUUGGCGGCCCGGGCGAGGGGCCAGGACCCCGAAUUGA